AUGGCAUCUGCCAGCCGACCGCACUUUACGGGUGCCGCCCAUACUGCCGGCAUAUACGCCGACCUCUCUGUUGACGGCCCAAUCAUUGGCACCCUCGUUGCUAUUGUCGACCGCGCCAAGAACCUCCCCAAUCGCAAAACAAUUGGCAAGCAGGAUCCCUACUGUGCUGCAAGGCUCGGUAAGGAAGCGAAAAAGACGACGACGGACAUUCGCGGUGGUCAGACUCCCAAGUGGGACCAAGAGCUUCGAUUUACUGUUCACGAUUCUUCCGAUUACUAUCAGCUCAAAAUCUCCAUCUUCACCGACGACAAAAGGACCGACCUCGUCGGUGAGGCCUGGAUCGACCUUAAAAGCAUCAUUGUACCUGGCGGCGGGCAAGCGGACGUCUGGCAGAGCUUGUCCUGUAAGGGGAAAUACGCCGGCGAGAUCCGUCUUGAAAUUACAUUCUACGACACCCGACCUAAGCCUGAAAAGCCCGUCAAGGCUAAGCAGCCCGCAGCUUCCGACGUUGACUCGGUCCGCCAGCGAACCUCGCCCGUCAAGAGACGCCCCUUGCCUUCUGAUCCCGUCACUGGCGAAGCUCCGCCCUCGUCUGUUCCUGUUCCUGCAGGCACAAUCGUGCCCUCGAACCCGGAGUACUAUGGCCACCAACAAACACCUCCCAGACAUGUCAAGCAGUCUUCGCACCCUGCUAUGAUCCCGAACCAGUCUCCGCUGCAGGCCAUGGAGUACAAUAACACUACUCCUCAGGGUGCCCGACACCAGCCAGGAGAUGGAUGUGGCGCCUCACCUGGUGCUACUGCCGCUCUUAGCUACUCGACAACCCCCAGUCGACAACCACACCGCUCUCGAGACCAUCACGAGACCCCUCCUCGACAGGCCGAUGGUCCUGCCUACGAUUUCCAGGACGGCCCGGUUCAUUACGGCCAAUCGGACCGUCAUGAGCUGCAUAUGGGUGACAGAAACCUCCCAUCUCUCGACCUGAGCCAACCUCCGCCGCCGCCGCCAGCACACCGCUCCCGCCACAGCAGCGUUGGUCCAGAGUCUCCUCAAGUAUCACCUACAAAGGCUGGCCCUUCAACGCCCAUGAGACGCGACGUCUUGAAAAGCGAGGCUCAUCGCCACACAGGCUCAACCUCGUCUGCGCGUCUCUCUUACUCACACCAGGACCUGCCGCCGUCCCCUAACAGCCCAGCCAGUCAUGGUACUCUCCCCCCCAGACAGCAGUCUUAUGAUGCCGGCUAUGGCAACCGCUCCUUGCAUGCCACAGUUGAGGAUGUACCAGAUUCUCCCACAACACCCGCGAGCACCUCCCACAGAAGUCGACAUGAUAGUGAACCUCCAUUACCGCCCCUGGCCCCCUCCUACCGAAGCAGGCAUGAUAGCGAACCCCCAGCAGCUGCACCAGUCCCAUAUAGAAGCAGACACGAUAGUGAGCCUCCAGCAGCGCCUGUGGGCUCAUAUAGGAACAGGCAUGAUAGUGAGCCUCCCGCCGCUCCCAUGAGCCUUUCUUAUAGGAACAGACACGGCAGUGAACCUCCAAUUGAGCGCGAUCCUAGCCCCAACCCCUACCAGAGGCAUUCAACCCAGCCGCCGUCGGGCUACCAAAACCAGCGCCCUCGCUACGGUGCUAGCCAUGAUGAUUAUGAUGACAAGGAUUAUGACCAUGGCUACCAUGGCUCGCCGUCUGCUCUGCCAAGCCAUGGUUAUACUGGAAGCUCUCAGAACACAUCGCAUCACAGCCACGUCAGGCAAGGCAGCGGGCAACCUCUGCGUGCCCCUACAUAUGGUAUGCCUGCUCCUCCUGCAUCCCUUCAGCACACCGUGGACCCUAGGCUGGCCCGCGAUCUUGUGGAACGCAUCAAUGAGGAGAGGCAGUACGACAGUCGCCUCACUGGCCAGUACACAUCGCCAGCUCGGGGCCGCCAGAGGAGCGAGCCUCCUCCCAGCUACGGCAUACAGUCCCAGACUUACGUGCCACCGUCUCAUCACCAAAGGCACGGAAGCUCCAUCACCUACUCGGGAGGUCCUCAGGAUGUUCAAGCUGUCCAGCACCGUGGCCACGGCAGAAACAUCUCUACCAGCCCCGCGCACAGUAUUCCUAGAAAGUCGGUCAGCCCGGCACCCCAGGCCCACGAAGAACAGCAAGUUUCUGACGUCCCAUUCGGCCCCGACUCCUAUGAUGCGCUUAACCCUAGCAUGGUGUCGUCUCGCUCGUCAAAUUCUGCACUAUCGGGGCAGGAUCGCAAAGAUGUGAAUGGCAAAAUUGUCAUGCACGAUGGACGCGAAGUCGAUCCAUCUGACCAUUUACCGAUGGAAUCGUGGGCACCCGAACCCGAGCCUAAGCCUGUUCAAACUGCCCCUUCUGACGACAUGCGCCGUUCACCGGGUGGAGCUCAGCCCAUGCCAUCGUCCGGACGUAGGCAGAUGCGCCUUUCGCGAGCUGAGACAGCCCCGAUGCCCUCUUAUGGAUAUGACGAGCCUCACACGCCGCCAGCACCGACUGGUGGCCGCACUCGUUUACAGAAGAAGGCUCCGCGCGGCUCCGUUUCGCCUGGUGCACCAAGUCCAUUGGCUCCCAUACACGCGGAAAACCACCAGGAAAGGCAGAGUACUUACGGCUCCUAUGGCUACCAGGGCCAUUCGCACCGCGGCUCGUACGAUUAUCCCAGCGAGAACUACGCACCACCAGAAUAUGGCAGCGGACCGCCCAUCCCAGCCAAGAUUCCCCUAAUGAGCGGUGCCAAUGGCGGAUCAGAGUUGUCACUAGCCGAGGAGAUGCAACGUAUCGACAUUGGCAGCGGUAGAUCACGCCGUCGGGGAGGCUACUAA